GGAAGGGAGGUGGGUGAAGAAAGGCGAUAGUAACGCUCAGGAUCGGCUAGUGGCAGAUUCACGAAAAAGUUUACGCACUUUUAUCGACGUAGUUGAAAUGCAAAACGGUGGACGUUACUCCGCAAAUCACACUCGGGGCCCAAUGGAGUCGCUACAGUCAGCUGGGCAUCACGUCCUGUUGUGAUAAACAAGUAAUGAACGGGAAAAACACGCAAUUAAAUAAUGGAAGGAAUGCUGUAUAAGUGGACCAAUUACAUAAGUGGUUGGCAGCCUCGCUGGUUUGUGCUUCAUGGAGGAACUUUGUCCUACUAUGACUCUCAAGAAGAUGCCUGGAAAGGGUGCAAGGGCAGCAUUAAAAUUUCCGUUUGUGAAAUCCAAGUUCAUUCCUCCGACUCUACACGAGUUGACCUGACCAUACCAGGAGAGCAGUACUUUUACCUCAGAGCCAUCAAUGCAGCAGAAAGGCAGAAAUGGCUGGUGGCGCUGGGAACAGCCAAAGCUUGCCUUACAGACAACCGAACCAAGAGAGAAAAAGAGCUUCAGGAGAAUACAGAGGCGCUGAAAACUAAGAUGUCAGAACUCAGAUUGUACUGUGACCUUCUCCUCCAACAAGUAAACAAGAUCAAGGAGAAUGAUGAGCUAGGAGACACGGCAGAGAUGGGUCUAGACACUGGGAAUAUGGUGAAGUCUACAUGCACGACUUUCCUUAAGACUCUAGAGGAAUGCAUGCAGAUAGCAAAUCGUACUUUCACUACAGAUUUGGCAACACAGAGUCCACCAGGAACUCCUCCAGUAGCACCCAUCAAACCUCAGAAGAUUAAACACAGCCAUCAUUUAAAUCAGAACCUUGAAGAAAAGUGGAAAGAUUUGUCCGAAACCUCAGGAGAAACAAUUGCACAUGACAGCCAGACCCCUGACUCUGGGGCAGAGGGACCAGAUGAGCCAGGCAGACCAGAAAACCAUUCUUCUCCAUCAGACACUGAAACAGCCAGCAGCUCAGAAGUCCACAAGGAUCAAGUUAAUCCUAGCUUACCUACUACCCAGACCACCCCUGAGAUUGAACACUAUGACCAGCCAGCAGAGGGGGAUGACGAGAGUGAAGAUGAUGAACAAAAGCAGAUAGGACAAGAGCAGAUGGACAAAGUGGACCAAAGUCAGGCGCAUGACAACAACAAUGGGGACGUGAAGGAUUUUCGACUUCAGCACCAAGAAGAGGGCGAAGAAGAAGGCGAGAUUCCCAGAAAGUCAACUGAGUCAGAAGACACAGAGCAGGUGGAAACAUUCUUCAGCACAAUGAGUCACAGAUUUAGUGAUAUAAGACUGGAUGACGACAAUGGUAUCCCUACACAAGAGUUUUUGGACUCAUGCUAUGCAAUAGUACCUGUAUUAGACAAACUGGGAUCCACAGUGUUUGCACCAGUUAAAAUGGAUUUUGUUGGAAACAUCAAGAAAAUUCACCAGAAGCUGAGGUCAGACCCUGAGAGCUUUUCUACACUACAGUCUAUUGUGCUGCAUGAAGUAGAGACAGAUGUUGCCCAGGUGCGCAAUUCUGCAACCGAGGCUCUGCUGUGGCUCAGACGAGGGCUGAAGUUCCUCAAGGAGUUUCUGUCAGAAGUCAACGCUGGAGAGCAAGACAUCCAGGGAGCACUAAACAACGCUUAUGGGAAGACUCUUCGGCAGUACCACGGAUGGGUUGUCCGUGGUGUAUUUGCUUUGGCGCUCAGAGCUUCCCCGUCUUAUCAAAGUUUCACAGCUGCUUUAGUGUCAAGAGAAGGUGACGAGCUGAAGAGCGAUUUUAUCAACGGCAUGCACAGGGAUCUGGGAGUGUAUCUGCCUGCCAUGGAGAAGCAGCUGGCCAUUCUUGAUGCAUUAUAUGAAGAAUACAACCUUGAGUCUGAUGAGGUGGUGUGAAAUAAGAACAAGAGAUGCUCACGGUUCAGAGAAGAACAGAGCCCCUCUGAAUGGACAGAGUAGUGGCUAACUGCUGGAAGAAAGGUGUACAAAGUAGUGUGAGACUGUCUCGUGUCAUUUUGAGACGUUUCAGUAGUUUUUAAACUCUACAGCAGGAGAGGUUUUGCUAUGAAGACGGUGUUCAUGUGUGUACUUACGACCCGAGAAGGGUUUAACUGAGCAGUACAAUUAAUUAAGGUUGGUUUGAGGAGAUUUAAAUUCCAGGUCUUGUUCCAGAGACCGGUGACAGCGAAGGUGUUUCUAAUCUUAUUAUGCAGACUCCAACCAUAAUUAUUCAUGGUGACAUUUGUUUCUGGUUGUUGCUGUAUUGUGGCUUAAGGCGUACUCUACAUGCUUUAAGGUAUUUAAGCACAGGGUAUUUGGUUCUGGUCAGUUCCUUGUAAAAUUGUUUGAUUCCCUUUGAAUUGAUCAGUAUGGUCAGUAUGAAACUUAUCAAUGUUGUUUUUUUUCUCCUUGGCUUCAGUGAGAUACGAUGAUGCUUCCAACUAGCACAAAGCACUAUUUUUUUUUUAGCAAAAACUAUUCCCAAAAUGUGUCUUAAGUAUGUGAUUGAAUUACGUACUAAGCUAACUUUUAGUCAGUUAUGUAAAUAUUUUCCUGUACUUAUUAUAAAAGCUUAGUAAACAUUACUAUGUGUAUAUAUUUUUCCCUGGAAAUGAAUUCAGAUUGUGCAGUUUGACAAUGGAUUUGUUGUGUUUUACAUAAUGUCAUUGUGAGCUGUUGCUCAAAGUUUCCAAGUGGACCAAAAAGGAACUGUCAUGUGAAUGGCUUUAGCCUCUGCUGCCUACAGUAACUGAAAACAAGAAAGGAAACCGCAUAGCUGUUAAAAAUAUUGACAACUGCUGUUCAUGUGGACAUCUGCACAAACCUAUGCAUUUUUACAAUGUCUAUUUAUUAUACCAUAAGUUAUAAAGUUCACAUUAAUGACAUGGAUCGUUCUGUCCGACUUUUGUGUGAAUGUAUGGACAUUUGUAUUCAUAAGGCAUGCUUUUUACUGCAUGUUUGGUGUAUUUAGCAACAGGUGCAAGGCCAAGGGCUUGAAGUGAGUAAAUGAGUAAUCCUAAAAGUGGUAGUUACAGAACAGUAACCAUUUUCAGCUUAUCGUCCAUGCUAUUGUACAUACCAUUGUUAAGUGUUGUUACCAGAUGUACUUAAUAUUUUAUUGAUGUCGAAUUAGUGGAAAUGAUCGGUAAGACAGCUCUUCCAGGCUGGGUUAACAUUUGACUGCAAAUUCACUGAGCCAUUUGAAAAAAACAAAACAAAAAAAGCAGGAAAAUUAUCUUAGGGCUUUAAAAAGAAACUUACCGGAUAGUAUUUACAACUUUAUUAUUGUUAUUUUUAUUUUAAGAAUGCAAACACUAAAAACCCCUGUACAGUAAAUAAGUCAUUUGCAGUAGGUUUACAUCACAGGUGUGCAAUAGGCUGAUUUCUGAUGAGUUUUAAUAUUAAUCCUUAAGAUAUUCUGUUGUAAUAUCACAACAAAUAAUUGUUUUUUCUAUGGAUGUAAAUAAGAUGCUAUUUGAUUUUUUUGCAAAAUAAACAUAAUUAAGUUGCA